GAUGUCGCCACUAUAAGGGCGCGAACUGAAGACCAAUUUUCGUGUUUACUACACGAUUAUAACAGAUCAUAUUAUAUGAAAUUUUCUUAAAUUAUAUAACUAAUUAUGAGCUUGUGGGUGGACAAGUACAGACCCACGCAGUUGGGAAAGCUUGACUACCACAAAGGUCAAGCGGAACAUCUGAAAAAAUUGGUCAAUGGUGGUGACUUUCCGCACCUCCUCAUUUACGGUCCAUCCGGGGCUGGGAAAAAAACUCGCAUCAUGUGUCUGCUAAGAGAGCUGUAUGGUGCUGGUGUGGAAAAGCUAAGGAUUGAACAUCAAAAUUUCACAGCACCAUCUGGAAAAAAGCUGGAGAUAACGACAAUAGCUAGCAACUACCAUAUAGAGGUCAAUCCGAGUGAUGUUGGUAACCAGGACAGGGUUGUUAUCCAGGAGGUUCUGAAAACAGUUGCCCAGUCACAGCAAUUGGAAACAUCCCAACAGAGAGACUUCAAAGUUGUUAUUUUGACAGAGGUGGAUCGGUUGACAAAGGAUGCACAGCACGCGCUACGGCGCACUAUGGAAAAGUACAUGGCCACGUGCAGGCUUAUUUUGUGCUGUAACUCCACCAGCAAAGUAAUACCUGCUAUUCGCAGUCGAUGCCUCGCUGUAAGGGUGCCAGCUCCCUCUGUGGACGAGAUGUGUUCCGUCCUGACAAACGUAUGCAAGAAAGAAGGACUCACGCUUCCAUCACAGCUGGCGAAGAGGAUAGCAGAGAAAAGUGGUCGGAACCUGAGACGAGCAUUGCUGAUGUGUGAGGCAUGCAGGGUUCAGCAGUACCCAUUCAGUGAAGACCAGGAGGUGACGGAAGCAGACUGGGAACUGUACCUGAGGGAGACUGCUAACAUGAUUGUGCAGGAGCAAAGCCCAAAACGGUUGUUUGAGGUUAGAGGCAGACUAUAUGAGCUGCUAUCACACUGCAUUCCUUCCGAUAUCAUUAUCAAGGGUCUACUCACAGAACUCAUCUCCAAUUGUGAUGGCCAGUUGAAAGCCGAAGUCACACAGAUGGCAGCACAGUACGAGCACAAGUUACAGCAGGGACAGAAAGCCAUUUACCAUCUGGAGGCAUUCGUGGCCAAAUUCAUGAGUAUUUACAUGCGAUUUAUGGAGGAAACCCUGAUGGAUGCAUUUUAGUAUGUGCACUACUGAUAGUGUGAUAGUGAUCUAGUGUGUUUGUAUGCCAGCAUGUGUAUUGUACUAAAUCUAGGUUAUACGACUUGAUGUUCAAUGUGUUUUUCAAUGGGUUUAUUAAACAAUGAUGUAUAAGUAA